AUGCGCCUUCCCCCCGCUUAUACGCCCUACGUCGUACGCGUGUCCCUGGACGCUGGAACGCCGGCCUCGAAGAACGGAGUGUUCAAGACCAACUUUCCCCUCGAGGGUGGCACGUUUGAUCGGGAUACGUUCGUGGAGCGCAAGUUACCCACAGACUUCUCGUCUCCCAUUCAAAUCGACCUCCCCAUUUCGCAUGCAGGCGCUUUUGUGUACUGGGUCGAAUAUGACGGCACCCAGUCGGGAUCUCGCGUCAAGGGCCGCGACGGAUACUUCAACAUCGACCCCAUCCUACGCGUCAAGGCUCGGAAGCCCAUUCUCUCCGGCAACACCAUCGCGUCUGAGGGCGCGUCGGUCCUGUCCGAAGACGUCAAUUUGCCCCUCGAUGGUCUCUCGAUCCUGACCCUCGUGUCCAAGUGGAUGGGUUCCACCUCUGGUUGGCGAGACCACUUUGCGGAGGCUAGCAGCAGAGGCUACAAUAUGAUACAUUGGACUCCUCUUCAAGAGCGGGGGGUGAGCGACAGCCCAUACUCGAUCAGGAACCAGCUCGUCUACGAACCCGCCAUGUUCUCCGACCCCAAGGACAUCGGCUCCGACGGCGGCAAGGCGAAGCUUGAAGAGAUUCUCAAGGUCGCCAGGGACGAAUACGGACUGCUGAGUUUGACUGAUGUCGUCCUCAACCACACUGCCAACGACAGCCCAUGGCUGUUGGAGCAUCCGGAAGCCGGUUUCAGCCCAGCCAACACUCCUCACCUCACCCCCGCGCUGGAGAUCGACACCGCCAUGCUUGAGUUCUCGGCGGCCUUGGAGUCUCUCGGUCUUCCCACUACCGUGUCUUCGGAGGGGGACAUCACUCUCCUGGUGGAAGGUUUCGAGAACUUCUUGAAAGCGCGCGACAUGUGGCAGUACUAUGUCCUAGACGUCAAAGCGGAACGCAGCGCCGUCAAGGAAGCCUUGGACAAGCAAGACGUCGCUCCUUGGGACGGCGUCGAUGUGGCCCUCAAGUCGGUCGUUGAGCUAGCUGAGAUAGUACGGAAUGCCGGCAAGAUCAAUGGACACAAGAGGCUAGAGAAGAAGUUCUGCGCAUAUGUUCCCGGGCCGGUCGCUGCAGGCUUUGUCAAGGCCGCUUUCGUCAACGUGACGGAGAGCGAUGCUCUGGCGGAAGCAUGGGUCCGGGUGGUGGACGUCCUGAACGUCCCUCUGUACGAGGAGUGGACCGAAGAUACGAAGGCCGCGCUGGACAGCAUCCGAAAUCGUAUUAAGUACACGCGACUAGACGACAACGGGCCAAAGCUGGGUGCCAUCUCAGAGAAGAACCCUCUUGUGGAGGUCUACUUCACUCGCCUGAAAAAGGAGCAGCCUGAAAUUUACUCUGUCGCCAACAAUGGGUGGAUUUGGGCCGCCGACCCACUCUCCAACUUCGCGCUAUGGCCCUCCAAGGCGUAUUUGCGUCGAGAGGUCAUCGUGUGGGGCGACUGCGUCAAGCUCCGCUAUGGGGACGGUCCCUCGUCGAACCCGUGGCUCUGGGAUUACAUGAAGAGUUAUGUCACCUCACUAGCGACGUCGUUCGAAGGCUUCCGCAUCGACAACUGUCACUCUACGCCUCUUCACGUCGGUGUUACACUCCUCGAUGCAGCUCGAGUUGUAAACCCCAACCUCUACGUUUGCGCCGAGCUGUUCACAGGGAGCGAAGAGAUGGACACCGUCUUCGUUAGUCGUCUUGGGAUCAACAGUCUGAUCCGUGAAGCGGGGAACGCAUGGGAUCCCAAGGAGUUGUCGAGGUUGCUCUACCGCCACGGUCUGGGGAAGCCCAUAGGUUCCAUGGAUGGUGCUUGCAUGACGAGCAAGGGCGAAUUACCUCCUCCAACCGGCAAAGGUGCUACCCUGGACUGCAUCGUCAUCCCCCACAAUGGCUCCGUCCCGCAUGCGCUCUUCUACGACCUCACUCAUGAUAAUGAAUCCUACCUCCACAAGCGCUCUGCCGAGGAUGCUUUAUCCACUGGUGCUUUGAUGACCUUCUCCUGGUCUGCCAUCGGAUCUGUUAAGGGCUUCGACGAUCUAUAUCCCAAGUUGCUCAAUCUCGUGGGCGAGAGGCGGAAGUAUGAGGUGACGGGCCUUGGAGAAUACAGUGGUCUCGGAAGGGCGAAGCGACUCCUCAACUCAUUGCACACGGAAAUGGCGUUGGGUGGAUACGAGGAAGGACACGUCCACCAAGAGAACGAUUACAUUGUCAUGCACCGCGUACAGCCUCAUACACAGAAGGGGUAUAUCCUCGUCGCCCACAACGCGUUCCAGAAGGGCUCGAAAGACCGCGGCUUCAUCACCCCUAUUAAACUACGCAGCACGAAGGCCCAGUUCGUCUUCGGGGCGCACGUCGAAUUCUCUGGGUACGAUGUGCCAGAGGAUCUCGAGACACUGCGGGGUCUUCCAGGGAAGAUGGUAGACAUACCAGAAGUGGUCGUUCCUCAAGGCUCGGACGAAGAAGGGCCUUACGCCGAGAUCGUCGUUCCAGACUACUUCCCUCCGGGAAGCUUCAUGGUUUUCCAGACGCAACUACAAGGCAUCGACAACGAUCUGGACGCCUUCUGCUCUCAGGGCGCUGACGCCGCCUUUGGCAACCUCGACCUGGUCGAUCUCAACAUUGUUCUCCAUCGUGCCGAGGGUGAAGAACGUGACGCCACAGACGGCGUUAUUGGAACGUACAGUGUACCCAACAUGGGCGGUCUGACAUACUGCGGCCUCGAGGGCUGGAUGCAUCCCUUGCGACACAUCAUGCGGUACAACGACCUUGGACAUCCCCUCUGUGGCCAUCUGCGCGAGGGGACGUGGGCGUUCAACUACAUCUCUGACCGCCUGUUGAAGCAAACUGAGACGUUCCCCAACCUUUCCCAUCCCGCAAAGUGGCUCAAGGAUCGCCUCGACCGUGUCAAAGUCUCUGCUCCACCAUUCCUUCGACCCAAGUACUUUGCGGUCAUUAUUUCCGAGGCAUACAAGGCAGCACGUCGUUCGGCAAUUGAACAGUGUUCGAACUUUGUCUCCACCGGACAUGACUUCACACAUAACCUCGCUUUGACCUCGGUACAAAUGUAUGGUCAAGUGAAGUCGGCUUCGCUCGACCCCGGCAAGCCGACCCCGUCGUUGGCGGCUGGCCUUCCUCAUUUCUCGUCCGGCUGGGCGCGCUGCUGGGGCAGGGAUGUCUUCAUCUCCCUCCGUGGCCUGUUCCUCACCACCGGAAACUUCGAGGCCGCCAAGGCGCACAUCCUGGCCUUUGCUUCGGUUCUCAAGCAUGGUCUCAUCCCGAACCUCCUCGAUUCGCUACGCACCCCACGCUAUAACUCUCGCGACUCUCCAUGGUGGAUGCUCCAGAACAUUCAAGACUACUCGGUCUCUGCCCCCGACGGGCUGUCCAUCCUGUCUGAGUCCGUGAAGCGUCGCUUUCCCAAGGACGACACGUGGGUUGCCUGGAACGACGCUCGCGCAUACGAGUGUACCAGCACGAUCGCCGAAAUCAUCCAGGAGAUCCUGCAGCGCCAUGCCGACGGUAUCUCGUUCCGCGAGUACAACGCCGGUCCGAACUUGGACAUGCAGAUGCAGGAUGAAGGAUUCAACAUCGAGGUUCACGUCGACUGGAAGACCGGUCUCAUCUUCGGCGGCAACCGCUUCAACUGUGGGACGUGGAUGGACAAGAUGGGCGAGUCCGAGAAGGCGGGUAACAAGGGUCUCCCUGGCACCCCGCGUGACGGAGCCCCGGUCGAGAUCAUUGGGUUGCUCAAGAGCACACUGCGGUGGUUGGACGAGCUCUCUAGCGCGGGCAAGUUCCCUUUCAAAGGGGUGGAAGCCGAAAUCGGUGGCCAAAAGCGUCUCAUCACGUACAAAGAGUGGAAUGACCUUAUUCAAGACUCUUUUGAGAAAUGCUUCUACGUUCCCCUCGACCCCAGCGAGGAUGCGAAGUACAACGUCAACACCCAGAUGAUCAACCGUCGCGGGAUCUACAAGGACGUCUACGGAACUCCGGCUGACAGGGAGUGGUCUGACUACCAAUUUCGUCCCAACUUCGCCAUCGCCAUGACGGUCGCGCCCGAGCUAUUCGAUCCCAACCACGCCUUGGGUGCCCUGAAGCUCGCCGACGAGGUCCUGCGCGCUCCUUUGGGAAUGAAGACGCUCGACCCUGCCGACAUGCAGUACCGACCGUACUACGACAACGCCAACGACGGAAUUGACAAGGCCGUCGCCAAGGGGUGGAACUACCACCAGGGUCCGGAAUGGGGUUGGCCACUCGGUUAUUUCCUCAGGGCGUACCUCUACUUCGACUUGAAGGCGGGCAAGGGCAAGGAGGACAUCAAGGAGACUCUUCACCACUUGCAUCGUCUCAUCUUACCCGCCCGCGAGCACGUCCAGAAGGACUCUUGGGCCGGCUUGCCUGAGCUUACCAACAAGGAUGGCGCCUACUGCAACGACUCCUGCCGCACUCAGGCGUGGAGCAACAGCUGCUUGCUGGACUUCCUUGAGGAGGUGCACAAGCUCAGCAACUGA